AUGCUAUCAUCACGAUUUUUAUCGCUACGAUUUCAUUCGUUAAUUAACGCACAUCGUGCUUAUCUGUCCAUAUCAUCAACUCAUCAUGCCGCGAAACCAGCCGCUCCAGAAACACCUGCUGAACCGGCUGCGCCAACAGCCCAGUCAGCUCAAUUGGCACACAAUAAAACGAAAACCUCAUUGAAAGGCACGCCAUAUAAAGUCACAGAUAUUGAAACAUCCCUUCGCUACAUGGAAAGUGACGCUUAUAAAACUGUUUAUGGCAAAGAUCCUGUAUGGAAAAAUUACGUUCGGAAUCGAACAAACCAACGUCUUCCUCAUUAUACACGUGACUUCUGUGCCGAAGAAGGUCUUUACGUUCGUGGAAAUCCAUGUCCGAUAUGUCGAGAUGAAUAUCUUUUGCUCGAUUAUCGGAAUGUAAAACUUUUGAAACAAUUCGUCAAUGAUCACACUGGCGAAAUCGAACCUGUGAUAAAAACAUCGAUAUGUCAAGCUCAAUUACGAAAUCUUCGUGUCGCUUUGCGUAAAGCUUAUGAUUUUGGUUUGAUGCCAUAUGAAGUUCCAUUCCGAACAUAUGAUUAUCGAGAUUACUAUCCAGAACUACGUGAAGAAAAAGAUCGCACUCCGUCGCUUCUCAUGACAAUAUUGCAAACUAUACAAGAUCAAAAACUAACAAAUCUAGAUGAUUUAACAUUAACGGAUGAACAACUUCAUGCUACUUAG